GAGGUAACGGCUAUACACAGCAUGGCAGAGAACAUGAGCCUGUGUUCAGGAGAAGGAAGUGACACUGCUAGAGUGGUCCAAAAGUGCACAGCUUAGAAUUUUCAGGUCAUCCUUGUUCUGCUCCCCUGGGAAAGGUUCAGCAGCUGCUUUCCUUGUCCUCAGAGCUGACCCUCCUUUUGGACUCAGGUGUCCUGUCCUCUGGAUUGGCCUGCAAUUGUUUGUACCUUCUGCUGUAAUUUGGGACCAGAACAUCUGCAAGUGAUUUCCUUCAGUAGAAGGCCAUGUCUUGCUUCUCCUGCAGGGGAGUGGUGUUGCCUGGCUGUUCCGAGACAGCUGUCAGUGCCUCUCUCCAGACAUGCUUAAUGCCUGCCAGGAAGCAGUCAGUGCUCAAGGGACCUUAUUCUGGGAACUAGCAGAGAAGGAUCUAGGGGACGGAGAGGUGGAGACUGUACCUGCGAGGGAGUGAGUGUCUUAGUCUCUGUGGGCAGCCUUCACCCCAGGCACUGUCUGGGGUGUGCAGCAGGACAUGGGGGGACAUGGCGGGGGAAAAGGAAGGAUGGAGUGGGCAGGAUGCUGCCUGGAGCAUUGGUGACCACAGUUCGACUCUCCCUCCUACUAAUUAGUUGUGCAAAUUCUCUGGUCCUCGGAAUUCCUAUCUUAGGCUUUCUUCUUUAAUAACUUUGAUGAGGCACAUGGAAGUACAGUAAACUGCGCAUGUUUAAAUGUUCUGUUUGAUAGGAAUUGAUUUCCAUUUCCACAGUCCAAAUAGCAAACAUUUCUGUCCCCAUGUCUCCCAAGUAUAUUUGUGUUUUUUAUUUUAGUUUUUGGUGGUAAUGGGAAUUGAACUCCAUCACUUGAGUUCCACCCCUAGUCAUUUUGCUUUUAGUUUGCUUUCAGAUAAGAAUCUGUGCUAACUUUGCCUGGGUCAGCCUUAGGCCCCAGUCCUCCUGGCUCUGCCUGUGGAGUAGCUGGGAUUACAGGUGUGCACCACCACACAUGGCCUCCUGUCUUUUUUUACUCUGCCCUGUCUCUGAUGCUGUCACUAGAGGGUGUUGGCAUUUUUAAGAAUUUUAUAUAAAUGGACACAUACAGUAUGUACUAUUUUUGCCUGGCUUCUAUCACUUGUCAUUGGUGCUCUUAAGUUCAUCCAUGUUGUCUCAUGUAUCAGUGGUUCUUUUUCUUUUUCUUUCUGUGUUCUGUAUUCCCUGUAGGGAUAUCCUGCAUUUUAUUUAUCCAUACAUUCAUCUGUUGAUGGGCAUCCAGGUUUUGCUUAUUACAAAUAGGACAUGUCUUUCAUUUCUCCUGGGUAAAUAACCUGACAUGGAAUGGCUGGGCAGAAUGGGAGGCACUUCCUGGACCUCACUACUACACAUGGGGAGACCAUGGCGGCAUCAUCAUGGCGAUUGCCCAGGGCAUGGAAACCAACGAGUUGAAAUACAGUACCAACGAGGGUGAGACAUGGAAGACGUUCAUGUUCUCUGAGAGACCGGUGUUUGUGUAUGGGCUUCUCACAGAACCUGGGGAGAAGAGCACUGUCUUCACCAUCUUCGGCUCCAACAAGGAGAAUGUCCACAGCUGGCUUAUCCUCCAGGUCAAUGCCACAGAUGCUUUGGGGGUUCCCUGCACAGAGAAUGACUAUAAGCUGUGGUCCCCCUCUGAUGAAAGGGGGAAUGAAUGUUUGCUAGGACAUAAGACUGUUUUCAAACGGAGGACCCCCCAUGCAACAUGCUUUAACGGAGAAGACUUUGACAGACCGGUGGUUGUGUCCAAUUGCUCCUGCACCCGGGAGGACUAUGAAUGGUUUGUUCUCCUGCAAAGCCUGGGACAUUGAGUUGCAUUAUAUGUACAAAGCAGUGUGGGGCUGAUGGACAAGGACAUGGUCCUUUCCCUGAGAAAGGGAAAGGAAUAGAGGGAAAUGUAUAUUUAUUUAGCAUCUCUUACAUGUCAGCGGCUCUGCUGGGCACUUCCUUACUUACACUGUGUGCGUUAGCUCUUACAGCCAUGUCAUGCAGUAGAGUGUUGUGACUUCAGGAAGCUGCAGUCAUUUCUGUGGGGAUAGAUAGCUCUGGGCUUUAUUUCUAGGAGGUGACCCAAAAAGGGACCAUGCUAGACUGGGCAUAGUGACACACAUCUGUAAUCCUAGCUAUAUAGGAGACAUGGAUAGGAGGAUCACAGUCCCAAGGCUGUGUCCCAGAGCAAAAG